UUCAGUCAGCGUUAAGAGUUUGGACUAGACUGGUCUACUUUUACCUUAGUCUUUUGAUUUUUUUUUUCUUCACACAAUCACAGAAACAAGAGACUCGCGAACGAUUCGCGCUCUGCCCGAGUGACAACCAGCCGGUGUAAAGCUUGUACACGUUCUCGCUCAUUUUUAUCCUAGUACUAGACACAGGCGGUGAGUGGUGAAUGCAAUCUAUGAAAUCUAUUUUGUAAAAUUUAAAGUGUCAAUCAAUGUUUGUUGUUCUAGAAGGACUAGACUUUAAAAAAUAAAUCCUUUACAGCUGUUUUUGUGUGAUCAGAAUCUAACUUGGUCAAGGAAUGCAGGGGGGACUUCAGGAACAACAUUAUAACAGCAAGUGAUUUGUUUUGCUUUGUGUGGAGAGCGGCAGUGACGAGUCGUUAGAGUAUUUACAUGUAGUGGGAUCAAGACUUAAUCCCAGAGUUGUUCUCCUGGCUCUAUUGAUCUUAGAGGGCUCGGUGAAAGUGGCCGAACACGUCGACAGCAGAUCGAACUGUUGCGUGUUGUAAGAUACAUGUAGUGGAGUUGUGUUUAUGAGAGACCAGAUCAAUCUCUACAACAUUGUCUUAGGGACAUAAGAAAUCAACAUUGAAGUGGGCCUUCUAUGAUGGCGAAACACAUUCACGUCUUUUCUGAAUUGAAGUUUUGAAACUUUAUGGGACCUUAAACCAAACGACGUUUGUAAGUUUGCUUUAAAAUACUUUUUUACUGCACUCGUUGAUGAGAAAGUGUACUAAAUAUGAACGCACCUUCAUACAUAAAAGAAAUAAACUAAAGCGCAACAAGACCGACAACUCAUUUUUGAGCGUGUUUUACGGAGUAGCUUACCUUUAACAAAUUACUCUCAAUAAAGUGUGAUCUUAAGGGAGAUGACAACGAGUUUCAACUCAUACUUGUGGAUGUAGAUCUAUAUGAGAUCUAUGAAUUUAAAGUGCCUUCACGCUUGUUAACUCUUUCUCUUCGUAAUUAUUUACCAAUUCUAGUGGAAUCAACAUUGGUAUCGUCAGUUAGGAGAGAAAGAGUUAAAACCUGAACUGAACUAAGCACGAAGAAUGUCGAAGGAGUACGAGAAUGCGCUUCGGGUUAUUUCUAAAUCUCCGGACAAACGUUACGACAGCGAGAUACACCAGCUAGUGCCAUGGCUGCGAAGUAAAGCAAAGCUGUUCAAAUCUCUCAGGGCAGAUAUAUUAGCAGAUAUCCUCAGAAACUGUGACUAUGUCACGAAAAAAAGAGAUGACGUCAUCAUUAAACAAGGCGACGUUGGAGAUUGUUUCUACAUUGUAUUACACGGGAAAGUCACUAUUUACAUCCUCAACAAAGAUCAGAUGGAGGGAGAGAUUGAUGACAAUAAUUUUGACAAUAUUAUUCAGUAUACAAAGGACGGUAAUCUCGAUCGAGUUAAACUUGGAUACUGUGUUACCUCCCUUGAAAGUGGAGCACCUUUUGGAGAUGUGGCCCUGAUCUCAGACGACAACAUCAGAACUGCUUCUAUAGUAGCAGACGAGAAGACAGACCUACUCGUGGUCGACAGAGCCCUGUAUAACAGAUCAGUUAAAGAAGUUUUGGCCAAAGAAUUUCAGGAGAAAACAAACUUCAUAAAGAACAAUCAUCUUUUUUCGAACUGGUCACCCAAAUACAGAAAGCAGUUGGCAAUGGCUUUGUACAAAGAAGGAUUUGCUUAUGAGAGUGCUUUAACUCGGCAGGGAGACAAAACUGCCUUUAUGUAUUUUAUUCUACGAGGUCAAGUGGAGAUCCAGGUCGAUGCGAGCCAGCAUACACAACAGUAUCCACAGAUAUUUAAAGCUGCCCGGGACAGUGAAGUGGAUAAGUUAAUAAAAAAGCAGGAUUCAAUACAAAAGUCAAGGAAACAGAACAAACAUUCAAACAACCAUCACUAUCAUAACCAGAUUAAUCAUCAAAGCAGCGCUCACAACAACGUGACGAGACGAGACUUGAGCAGGACAAUGAGACUUUGUCAUCUAGGUGUCAAUGAAAGUGUUGGCGACGUUGAGAUGACGAUGGAACUCCAGACGUACAUGCAGACAGCUGUGUGUAAGGAGUUCACAGAGGUUCUUGUACUUGAAUACAAACACUACGAGCGACUGUUCACUCGACGACAUCCCCGCACCAUCGAGGCAAUGAGAGAUGACAUUGGAGUCAGACUGGCUUCCAGAUUGUUUUUAUUACAUUCAUCGCAAGACGUUCCAUUUUUACGACACUUGAUCAAAAUCAUAGAAAGCAGGAACAAGCCCCAGACACAGACCGAGAAAUACCGAGAGGAAUAUACAGUGUCCACGGCGGAACGAGAUUUUCUCAACCACAAAGGACCCUUAAUUGAUUUAAAUGGACCAGGAAGUGUUUUCUUUUUAAUCAAGUUGAGAGAAAAAACUCGUCAAAGAGUCCAGGCCAAGAGAGGGGAGAGAGUGGACAGAUUAAUUCCUGCAACUUCUAGAAGUGCGGCCAUGACAGCAGCAGCCAAUCAUAUGAACUCUUUACCUGAUACCAAGAUAGUCUGUGAUCGAGUCAUAGGGAGUCAAGCCAGGUCAUUUAGAGAUAUACAAGAAUCACUUCAACCACGUGACCAGGAGGAGGAGGAGUUAGAACAGGACGAACAAGACACAAGAACGAACUACAGGUCUUUCUCCAGGUUUUCUCAAAGUGUGGACAACUUCACCGAGCAUGACGACAAACUGAGUGUCUUGGAGCAAAGAGUGAAACACUGGUUACAGACAGACAACCCUCGCGGGAAGACGCAAGUCACGAAACUCAGGCGCUUGGCAACACAAGAUUUAGAUCUUCAGCCUAAGCCUGGAAACAAAGUGAUCGUUAGGAGAAAAGGCAGAAGUCCACAGCCUCCUUUUGACAGUGAAUCUUCUUCAGCAGAGUCGUUAGCAAGGUUAAAGGAUACCCCAAGAACUAAAGUCGUAGACCCAAAACUGUCUGCGUACAAGAUUUUACUGUCUAAUUAAAGCACACUUUGAAUGUUUAUCUAGUUUGUAUAGUAUAAUAUAAAUUUGUAUAGUAUAUGUCAUUGAGAAUAUAUGAUGUGCGCAAUGGUUAGGUGAUAUCCAGUACUUUUUUUUUAAUGAACAGGAUACAAGAAAUCUAUAUAUCAAGACAUUUGGAUAUAAACUUAUUGCUGCCAUUUGUUAAAAAUGCACUAUAUCCCAGUAUAUGGACAUAAACAAGAUGUAUAAAUGACAAAGUUUUAGUGAUAUAAUGUUGAUAAAACUAAAGUCGUACUUUACAAACAAAAUAUGAUUUAUGAUUUCUUUGAGAUUGUGGUCUGUAUUCACCAUGAACCAGGAGUUUAUUUUACGGUUUGUUAUUUACACAAUAAGAGGAGUUAAUUUUGUGUAACAAGAAAAGAUAUAUUAACAAGAUUUUAUGUUGACAUUAUUGGUAUAAACAUGUCAAGUAUUUAUAUUUAAUGUGAAAAUGUAAAAAACAAAAUAAAGAAAAAUAAAAUAUACUCAGAUUCAAA